AUGGACGUCAGUCUUCACGCACAAGAAUUCAUGCUCAAGCGCGACCUCCUCAAAAGCGACAACCACCACUUCGACUACCCGCCUCUAGGACACUUCAAAUGGAAGCCCGACGCAUGGGGAGGGAGCAAACUGGAGUUAGUCGAUAGUGAGCGGCGUUUAUUGGCACGAUACAACAAGAAGCUGUCUUUAAAAGGACAGGGUCAGCAGAUCGAAGUAUUUGUCCAGGGAGAUGAGAGGUUCGUGGAGAUGGUUGUUGUGACGGCAUUGGCGAUGAGGCAUUAUAUUGAGGUGGAGAACAAGGAUAUCAAGAAGGUGACAGACGUGCUGGAUGCUGUGUCGGGAUGUUAA